CUACGGCUAUCGUCCACAACCCACGCUCACCUCCUUGGUACAGACGGAAUUUCCGACCGUGUCUCACACUAAACGGACGAUCAAGUAGAUCUGCUGUGUACUGGAUAAGGACGUGUGUGCAAGUGGCCAGCGGGUGGCAGUCCCAUCUCAGAUGGCCAAGUCGCAGGGAUUCCGGAUCGAAGCUCUCCUCGCCUCCCCGCCCUCCUCCUCCCGGCGCGGGUCUGCCCCGACGCCCUGCCUGAGCCCCGUGCCGCCCUGCCGCUCCCCCUGCAGCCCGUGCGUGGCUCAGGAACCCUGUGGGACAGUGUAUCUUCAGCCCUGCAGCACUUACAGCAGCCAGCACCAUGGACAGCACCUCCAGCAUCAUAUCCACCAUCAGCAGCAGCAGCAGCAUCAUGGGAUGAUGCCCAGGGACACGGGACACCUGCACCAGUCCAUGCACUGCGAGCACACGCAGCAGCAGCAGCAGCACGUCCUGCAAGAGCAGCGAACGCUGCCACCGCUCGGUCACAGCUUUGCGAGCGGGGAGGCCGCCUACGCGUGCCGGGCGGCUGGGCCACACCACCUCGUGCACGUGCAGCACAGGGCGGGCCUGGGGGUCGCGUUCCCGGGGCCCGAGGCGAGAGCGCGGGGUGGCCCCAGCGGCUCGGUGUUCCUGGAGGCUUGGCUGCGCGCCUCCGGCACCGCUCUGCUGCUGCCUCCUCUGCCACCCCAGUACCACGGAGCGAUGGCAGUGACCGGUAAAUGCAGGCGGCCCCGCACGGCCUUCAGCAGCCAGCAACUCCUGGAGCUCGAGCGACACUUCAGCCGCCAGCGCUACCUGUCCCGCCCGCAGAGAUUCCAAGUGGCCUCGGCGCUCAUGCUCACAGAAACACAGGUGAAGAUCUGGUUCCAGAAUCGAAGAAUGAAGUGGAAACGUGGCAAAGGUGGGCAGCUGCAGGAGAAGCAAAGCUUGGGGCCAGCGCGGAGCGGGCAGGCUGGGCGACCUGCUCCAGCUGCUGCCUCCGCCAUCACCACGGGACCAGGGGCAAGCAAGGAGCCAGAUCGGACCAGCAUACCCGAGUAGAAUUAUUCAACGCGAGAGCUGCGUUUGUCCAAAAGCCUUGGAACAAAAGAUAUUACCCGUCUGAAAAAAAGGUCGAGUUUAAAGGUUGUUCAGCUCCGUUAGUCUUUGAAGUUCUCGCCUCAGCAUGUUGGGCUUAAUUAUGCAUUGGCAAUCGGUCCCUUUUGGUCCAGUGUCGGUAAAACAAUGUAAUUUAUCACCAACACUAGAGCAGAAAAUCACGGUGAUGUGUAGCAAGGGUGACAAGCGUAUUAAAUAGAAGUACAUUCAAGAGAGGGUAGCAACUACUAACAUUGGACCGAGUUGAAAUGUAUUACUUUUACACGGAACCGUUUACAGAUAGAUGUACAUGCCUGUAUGCAAUAAGC